CUAAACCUAGUUUGUUCGUUGGAUCGCCCGGCAGCGCUUCGUUCAGAGAUCGGGAGAAAGGUAAUGGCUCCGAAGCAGCCGAACAGCGGACUUUUCGUGGGAUUGAAGAAAGGGCAUGUCGUCACGCCCAAGGAAUUAGCACCGCGUCCAUCGGAUAGGAAAGGGAAAACCAGCAAGAGAGUGCAUUUUGUGAGGGGUCUCAUCAGAGAAGUUGCUGGAUUUGCUCCUUACGAGAAGAGGAUCACUGAGCUUCUCAAAGUUGGGAAGGACAAGCGUGCCCUUAAGGUUGCCAAGAGAAAGCUGGGCACCCACAAGAGGGCAAAGAAGAAGAGAGAAGAAAUGUCUAGUGCUCUCCGAAAGAUGAGGGCUGCCGGUGGUGGUGAGAAGAAGAAGUGAAGCCUUUUUUCUGAUGUCAUUGUUUUUGAAACUCUCCAGUCUUUAGGGCACAUUUUCAUUGAACUUUCGUGUGUUUGUUCAACUUUCCUGAGAAUUUAUAUACCCCCAAGCUUAAAUUUUGCUUAUUAUCCUUUUACCUAGUAA